CAAGAUAUAUCUGAAGCUUAAAGGACAGUGACAAUGGCUGGCUCGGUUAACGGGUAUCAGAGUGCUAUCGGACCUGGUAUAAAUUAUGAGACGGUGUCUCAAGUUGAUGAGUUCUGUAAAUCACUUGGAGGAAAAAGGCCGAUCCAUAGUAUUUUGAUCGCUAAUAAUGGAAUGGCGGCUGUCAAGUUUAUACGUAGCGUCAGAACGUGGGCUUACGAAACAUUUGGUACGGAAAAAGCCAUAUUGUUGGUGGGGAUGGCGACCCCUGAAGACAUGCGGAUCAAUGCGGAGCAUAUCAGAAUCGCUGAUCAGUUUGUUGAGGUUCCGGGAGGAACCAACAAUAACAAUUAUGCUAACGUUCAGCUUAUUGUGGAGAUGGCUGAGGUAACACGUGUGGAUGCAGUUUGGCCUGGUUGGGGUCAUGCAUCUGAAAAUCCUGAAUUACCUGAUGCUCUAGAUGCAAAAGGAAUAAUAUUUCUUGGUCCUCCAGCAUCUUCAAUGGCAGCACUAGGAGAUAAGAUUGGUUCUUCGUUGAUUGCACAAGCUGCUGAUGUACCUACUCUGCCAUGGAGUGGUUCCCAUGUUAAAAUACCUCCUAAUAGUAACUUGGUAACCAUCCCCGAGGAGAUCUACCGGCAAGCAUGUGUCUACACUACUGAAGAAGCGAUUGCUAGCUGUCAAGUUGUCGGUUACCCAGCAAUGAUCAAAGCGUCGUGGGGUGGUGGCGGUAAAGGCAUUAGGAAGGUCCAUAAUGAUGAUGAGGUUAGGGCACUAUUCAAGCAAGUUCAGGGUGAGGUCCCAGGCUCACCGAUAUUCAUAAUGAAGGUUGCGUCACAGAGUCGGCAUUUAGAGGUCCAGCUGCUCUGUGACAAGUAUGGAAAUGUUUCAGCUCUGCAUAGCCGUGAUUGUAGCGUCCAGAGAAGACAUCAAAAGAUCAUAGAGGAAGGUCCAAUCACUGUGGCUCCGCAAGAAACCGUGAAGAAACUUGAGCAAGCAGCUAGAAGGUUGGCUAAGAGUGUUAACUAUGUUGGAGCUGCUACUGUUGAGUAUCUCUACAGUAUGGACACUGGGGAGUACUACUUCUUAGAGCUUAACCCUCGCUUACAGGUUGAGCACCCUGUAACUGAGUGGAUUGCCGAGAUAAAUCUUCCUGCUGCCCAAGUUGCUGUGGGGAUGGGAAUUCCUCUCUGGCAAAUCCCUGAGAUAAGACGGUUCUAUGGUAUAGAACAUGGUGGGGGUUAUGAUUCUUGGAGAAAAACAUCUGUUGUAGCCUUCGCUUUUGACUUUGAUAAAGCUGAAUCUAUAAGGCCAAAAGGUCAUUGUGUGGCUGUACGUGUGACAAGUGAGGAUCCUGAUGACGGGUUCAAACCAACCAGCGGUAGAGUUCAGGAAUUGAGUUUUAAGAGCAAGCCAAAUGUGUGGGCGUACUUCUCUGUCAAGUCUGGUGGUGGCAUUCACGAGUUCUCGGAUUCCCAGUUUGGACAUGUUUUUGCAUUUGGGGAAUCCAGAGCCCUGGCGAUAGCGAAUAUGGUUCUUGGGCUAAAAGAAAUUCAAAUCCGUGGAGAAAUUAGGACUAACGUUGACUACACGAUCGACCUUUUACAUGCUUCUGAUUACCGAGAAAACAAAAUUCACACUGGUUGGUUGGAUAGUAGGAUUGCUAUGCGGGUCAGAGCUGAGAGGCCUCCAUGGUAUCUCUCUGUUGUCGGUGGGGCUCUCUAUAAAGCAUCAGCGACCAGUGCUGCUGUGGUUUCAGAUUACGUUGGUUAUCUGGAGAAGGGGCAAAUUCCCCCAAAGCAUAUAUCUCUUGUACAUUCUCAAGUGUCUCUGAAUAUUGAAGGAAGUAAAUAUACGAUUGAUGUAGUCCGGGGUGGAUCAGGAACCUACAGGCUAAGAAUGAACAACUCAGAAGUUGUAGCAGAAAUACACACUCUACGUGAUGGAGAGGAAGAAGCUGCAGGAACUCGUCUUCUCAUUGAUGGAAGAACUUGUUUGCUACAGAAUGACCACGAUCCAUCAAAGUUGAUGGCUGAGACACCGUGCAAGUUGCUGAGGUAUUUGGUUUCCGACAACAGCAAUAUUGAUGCUGAUACGCCUUAUGCCGAAGUUGAGGUCAUGAAGAUGUGCAUGCCACUUCUUUCACCUGCUUCAGGAGUUAUCCAUUUUAAAAUGUCUGAAGGACAAGCCAUGCAGGCUGGUGAACUUAUAGCCAAGCUUGAUCUUGAUGAUCCUUCUGCUGUAAGAAAGGCCGAACCCUUCCAUGGAAGUUUCCCAAGAUUAGGGCUUCCAACCGCAAUUUCCGGUAAAGUUCAUCAGAGAUGUGCUGCAACAUUAAAUGCUGCCCGCAUGAUUCUUGCCGGAUAUGAGCAUAAAGUUGAUGAGGUUGUUCAAGACUUACUUAAUUGCCUUGAUAGCCCUGAACUGCCAUUUCUUCAGUGGCAAGAGUGCUUUGCAGUUCUGGCGACACGACUACCUAAAAAUCUCAGGAUCAUGCUAGAAUCAAAGUAUAGGGAAUUUGAGAGUAUCUCCAGAAACUCUCUGACCGCCGAUUUCCCUGCCAAACUUUUAAAAGGCAUUCUUGAGGCACAUUUAUCUUCUUGUGAUGAGAAAGAGAGAGGUGCCCUUGAAAGGCUCAUUGAACCGUUGAUGAGCCUUGCAAAAUCUUAUGAAGGUGGUAGAGAAAGUCAUGCCCGUGUUAUUGUUCAUUCCCUCUUUGAAGAAUAUCUAUCGGUAGAAGAAUUAUUCAAUGAUAACAUGCUGGCUGAUGUUAUAGAACGCAUGCGUCAGCAAUACAAGAAAGAUCUGUUGAAGAUUGUGGAUAUAGUGCUCUCACACCAGGGCAUAAAAAACAAAAACAAACUCGUUCUCCGGCUCAUGGAGCAGCUUGUUUACCCUAAUCCUGCUGCUUACAGAGAUAAACUUAUCCGAUUCUCGACACUUAACCAUACUAACUACUCUGAGUUGGCGCUCAAGGCAAGUCAAUUGCUUGAACAGACCAAACUAAGUGAACUUCGUUCAAACAUUGCUAGAAGCCUUUCAGAGUUAGAAAUGUUUACAGAGGACGGAGAAAAUAUGGAUACUCCCAAGAGGAAAAGUGCCAUUAAUGAAAGAAUAGAAGAUCUUGUGAGCGCAUCUUUAGCUGUUGAAGACGCUCUCGUGGGACUAUUUGACCACAGCGACCACACACUUCAAAGACGGGUUGUUGAGACUUAUAUUCGCAGAUUAUACCAGCCCUAUGUCGUUAAAGAUAGCGUGAGGAUGCAGUGGCACCGUUCUGGUCUUAUUGCUUCCUGGGAGUUCCUAGAGGAGCAUAUGGAAAGAAAAAACAAUGGCUUGGACGAUCACGAUACAUCUGAAAAAGGAUUGGUUGAGAAGCGUAGUAAGAGAAAAUGGGGGGCUAUGGUUAUAAUCAAAUCGUUGCAGUUUCUGCCAAGUAUAAUAAGUGCAGCAUUGAGAGAAACAAACCACAACGACUAUGAAAAUGCCGGAGCUCCUUUGUCUGGCAAUAUGAUGCACAUUGCUAUUGUGGGCAUCAACAACCAGAUGAGUCUGCUUCAGGACAGUGGGGAUGAAGACCAAGCUCAGGAAAGAGUAAACAAGCUGGCCAAAAUUCUUAAAGAGGAAGAAGUGAGUUCGAGCCUCUGUUCUGCUGGUGUUGGUGUAAUCAGCUGUAUAAUUCAGCGAGAUGAAGGACGAACACCCAUGAGACAUUCCUUCCAUUGGUCGAUGGAGAAACAGUAUUAUGUAGAAGAGCCGUUGCUGCGUCAUCUUGAACCUCCUCUGUCCAUUUACCUUGAGUUGGAUAAGCUGAAAGGAUACUCAAAUAUACAAUAUACGCCUUCUCGAGAUCGUCAAUGGCAUCUGUAUACUGUUGCAGACAAGCCAGUGCCAAUCAAGAGGAUGUUCUUGAGAUCUCUUGUUCGACAGGCUACUAUGAACGAUGGCUUUAUGUUGCAGCAAGGACAGGAUAAGCAGCUUAGCCAAACACUGAUCUCCAUGCCGUUUACGUCGAAAUGCGUUCUGAGGUCUUUGAUGGAUGCCAUGGAGGAACUGGAACUGAAUGCCCAUAAUGCUGCAAUGAAACCAGACCACGCACAUAUGUUUCUUUGCAUAUUGCGUGAGCAGCAGAUAGAUGAUCUUGUGCCUUUCCCCAGGAGAGUUGAAGUGAAUGCGGAGGAUGAGGAAACUACAGUUGAGAUGAUCUUAGAAGAAGCAGCACGAGAGAUACAUAGAUCUGUCGGAGUGAGAAUGCAUAGGUUGGGCGUGUGCGAGUGGGAAGUGCGGCUGUGGUUGGUGUCCUCUGGACUGGCAUGUGGCGCUUGGAGGGUUGUGGUUGCAAACGUGACAGGCCGUACAUGCACUGUCCACAUAUACCGAGAAGUUGAAACUCCUGGGAGAAACAGUUUAAUUUACCACUCAAUAACCAAGAAGGGACCUUUGCAUGGAACCCCAAUCAGUGAUCAAUAUAAGCCCCUGGGAUAUCUCGACAGGCAACGUCUAGCAGCAAGGAGGAGUAACACUACUUAUUGCUAUGACUUCCCGUUGGCAUUUGGGACAGCCUUGGAACUGUUGUGGGCAUCACAACACCCAGGAGUUAAGAAACCAUAUAAGGAUACUCUGAUCAAUGUUAAAGAGCUUGUAUUCUCAAAACCAGAAGGUUCUUCGGGUACAUCUCUAGAUCUGGUUGAAAGACCACCGGGUCUCAAUGACUUUGGAAUGGUGGCGUGGUGCCUAGAUAUGUCGACUCCCGAAUUUCCUAUGGGACGAAAACUUCUCGUAAUCGCGAAUGAUGUCACCUUCAAAGCUGGUUCUUUUGGUCCUAGAGAGGACGCGUUUUUUCUUGCUGUUACUGAACUCGCUUGUGCCAAGAAGCUUCCCUUGAUUUACUUGGCAGCAAAUUCUGGUGCCCGACUUGGGGUUGCUGAAGAAGUCAAAGCCUGCUUCAAAGUUGGAUGGUCGGAUGAAAUUUCCCCUGAGAAUGGUUUUCAGUAUAUAUACCUAAGCCCUGAAGACCACGAAAGGAUUAGAUCAUCUGUCAUUGCCCAUGAAGUGAAGCUUUCUAGUGGGGAAACAAGGUGGGUGAUUGAUACGAUCGUUGGUAAAGAAGAUGGUAUUGGUGUAGAGAACUUAACAGGAAGUGGGGCAAUAGCGGGUGCUUACUCAAGGGCAUACAAUGAAACUUUUACUUUAACCUUUGUUAGUGGGAGAACGGUUGGAAUCGGUGCUUAUCUUGCCCGCCUGGGUAUGCGGUGCAUACAGAGACUUGAUCAGCCGAUCAUCUUGACUGGCUUUUCUACACUCAACAAGUUACUUGGGCGUGAGGUCUAUAGCUCUCACAUGCAACUUGGUGGCCCGAAAAUCAUGGGCACAAAUGGUGUUGUUCAUCUUACAGUCUCAGAUGAUCUUGAAGGCGUAUCAGCAAUUCUCAACUGGCUGAGCUACAUUCCUGCUUACGUGGGUGGUCCUCUUCCUGUUCUUGCUCCUUUAGACCCACCGGAUAGAACUGUGGAGUAUGUCCCAGAGAACUCUUGCGACCCACGAGCGGCUAUAGCUGGGGUCAAAGACAAUACCGGUAAAUGGCUUGGAGGUAUUUUUGAUAAAAAUAGUUUUAUUGAGACUCUUGAAGGCUGGGCAAGGACGGUAGUGACUGGUAGAGCCAAGCUCGGCGGAAUACCCGUUGGAGUUGUUGCAGUUGAGACACAGACGGUAAUGCAGAUCAUCCCAGCCGAUCCUGGACAGCUUGACUCUCAUGAAAGAGUGGUUCCACAAGCAGGGCAAGUCUGGUUUCCUGAUUCAGCGGCCAAGACAGCCCAAGCGCUCAUGGAUUUCAACCGGGAAGAGCUUCCGCUGUUUAUCCUAGCGAACUGGAGAGGGUUUUCAGGUGGACAGAGAGAUCUUUUCGAAGGAAUACUUCAGGCGGGUUCAACUAUAGUAGAAAAUCUGAGAACUUAUCGGCAGCCAGUGUUUGUGUACAUCCCAAUGAUGGGAGAGCUGCGCGGUGGUGCAUGGGUUGUUGUUGACAGCCAGAUAAAUUCGGAUUAUGUUGAAAUGUAUGCCGAUGAAACUGCUCGUGGAAAUGUGCUCGAGCCAGAAGGGACGAUAGAGAUAAAAUUUAGAACAAAAGAGCUGUUAGAGUGCAUGGGAAGGUUGGACCAGAAGCUAAUCAGUCUCAAAGCAAAUCUUCAAGAUGCCAAGCAAAGUGAGGCCUAUGCAAACAUCGAGCUUCUCCAGCAGCAGAUUAAAGCCCGAGAGAAACAGCUUUUACCAGUUUAUAUCCAAAUCGCCACCAAAUUUGCGGAACUUCAUGACACUUCCAUGAGAAUGGCUGCAAAAGGAGUGAUCAAAAGUGUUGUGGAAUGGAGCGGCUCGCGGUCCUUCUUCUAUAAGAAGCUCAAUAGGAGAAUCGCUGAGAGCUCCCUUGUGAAAAACGUAAGACAAGCGUCUGGAGACAACUUAUCAUAUAAAUCUGCAAUGGGUUUGAUUCAGGAUUGGUUCUGCAACUCUGAUAUUGCAAAGGGCAAAGAAGAAGCUUGGACAGACGACCAAGUGUUCUUUACAUGGAAGGACAACGUUAGUAACUACGAGUUGAAGCUGAGCGAGUUGAGAGCACAGAAACUACUGAAUCAACUCGCAGAGAUUGGGAAUUCGUCAGAUCUGCAAGCUCUACCUCAGGGACUUGCUAAUCUUCUAAACAAGGUGGAGCCUUCAAAAAGAGAAGAGCUGGUGGAUGCGAUUCGAAAGGACUAUUUGGCUUGGUUACCAAGUUUUGUGAAAAUGGAGAUGAGAGCUUUGGUUUCUUCGUGUUCUUCUGGUAAUGGAGGUUCUGAUCCGUUUAGCUUCACGAAUGUUUCUCCAUGGAUCAAAACAGUUGGUGAUAUAUCUGAAGCUCAAAGGACAGUGGUUUUACCGGGUGGCUCGGUUAAUGGGUAUCAUCAAAGUGAAGUAGUACCCGGUAGAAAUGAUGGGACGGUGGCUGAAGUCGAUGAUUUCUGUAAAGCUCUUGGAGGGAAAAGGCCAAUUCAUAGUAUUUUGGUUGCUACUAAUGGAAUGGCAGCUGUGAAGUUUAUACGUAGUAUCAGAACAUGGUCUUACGAAACAUUUGGCACGGAAAAAGCCGUAAAGUUGGUGGCGAUGGCAACUCCUGAAGAUAUGCGGAUUAAUGCGGAGCAUAUCAGAAUUGCUGAUCAGUUUGUUGAGGUUCCGGGAGGAACGAACAAUAACAAUUAUGCUAAUGUUCAGCUUAUUGUAGAGAUGGCUGAGGUAGCACGUGUGGAUGCAGUUUGGCCUGGUUGGGGUCAUGCAUCUGAAAACCCUGAAUUACCAGAUGCUUUAAAGGCGAAAGGAAUCGUAUUUCUUGGUCCUCCUGCAGCUUCAAUGGUAGCAUUAGGGGAUAAGAUUGGUUCGUCGUUGAUUGCUCAAGCUGCUGAUGUACCUACUCUGCCAUGGAGUGGUUCCCAUGUUAAAAUACCUCCGGGUAGCAGCUUGGUAACGAUCCCCGAGGAAAUCUACAAGAAAGCUUGUGUGUACACAACUGAAGAAGCAAUUGCUAGUUGUCAAGUUGUUGGUUACCCAGCAAUGAUCAAAGCAUCGUGGGGUGGUGGCGGUAAAGGCAUUAGGAAGGUUCAUAAUGAUGAUGAGGUUAAGGCUCUAUUCAAGCAAGUUCAGGGUGAGGUCCCUGGGUCGCCGAUAUUCAUAAUGAAGGUUGCUUCACAGAGUCGGCAUUUGGAGGUCCAGCUGCUGUGUGACCAAUAUGGGAACGUAGCAGCUUUGCAUAGCCGUGAUUGUAGCGUCCAGAGAAGGCAUCAAAAGAUCAUAGAGGAAGGUCCAAUCACCGUCGCUCCGCAAGAAACCGUCAAGAAACUUGAGCAAGCAGCUAGAAGGUUAGCUAAGAGUGUUAACUAUGUUGGAGCUGCUACUGUUGAGUAUCUCUAUAGUAUGGACACUGGGGAAUACUUCUUCUUAGAGCUUAACCCUCGUUUACAGGUUGAGCAUCCUGUAACCGAGUGGAUUGCCGAGGUAAAUCUUCCUGCUGCUCAAGUUGCUGUCGGGAUGGGAAUUCCUCUCUGGCAAAUCCCUGAGAUAAGACGGUUUUAUGGUAUGGAACAUGGUGGAGGAUAUGAUUCUUGGAGGAAAACAUCUGUUGUAGCCUCCCCUUUUGAUUUUGAUGAAGCUGAAUCUAUAAGGCCAAAAGGUCACUGUGUAGCUGUACGUGUGACAAGCGAGGAUCCUGAUGACGGGUUUAAACCAACCAGCGGUAAAAUACAGGAAUUGAGUUUUAAGAGCAAGCCAAAUGUGUGGGCGUACUUCUCUGUCAAGUCUGGUGGAGGCAUCCAUGAGUUCUCAGAUUCCCAGUUUGGACAUGUUUUUGCUUUUGGGGAAUCCAGAACCAUGGCCAUAGCAAAUAUGGUUCUUGCGCUGAAGGAAAUUCAAAUUCGUGGAGAAAUCAGGACUAAUGUUGGCUACACGAUCGACCUUCUACAUGCUUCUGAUUACCGGGAAAACAAAAUACACACUGGUUGGUUGGACCGUAGGAUUGCUAUGCGGGUUAGAGCAGAGAGACCUCCAUGGUAUCUCUCUGUGGUCGGUGGGGCUCUAUAUAAAGCAUCAACGACCAGUUCUGCUGUAGUUUCGGAUUACGUUGGUUAUCUAGAAAAGGGGCAAAUUCCCCCAAAGCAUAUAUCUCUUGUGCAUUCUCAAAUGUCUCUGAAUAUUGAAGGAAGUAAAUAUACGAUUGAUGUAGUCCGGGGUGGAACAGGAACCUACAGGCUAAGAAUGAACAACUCAGAAGUUGUAGCAGAAAUACACACUCUACGUGAUGGAGAGGAAGAAGCGGCAGGAACUCGUCUUCUCAUUGACGGAAAAACUUGUUUACUACAGAAUGAUCACGAUCCUUCAAAUCUGAUGGCUGAGACACCAUGCAAGUUAUUGAGGUACCUGGUUUCAGACAACAGCAGUAUUGAUGCUGAUAUGCCCUACGCAGAAGUUGAAGUCAUGAAGAUGUGCAUGCCACUUCUUUCGCCUGCGUCAGGAGUUAUCCAUUUCAAAAUGUCUGAAGGACAAACCAUAGAGGCUGGUGAACUCAUAGCCAAGCUUGAUCUUGAUGAUCCUUCUGCUGUCAGAAAGGCCAAACUCUUCCGUGGAAGUUUCCCACGAUUAGGGCUUCCAACGGCAAUCUCCAGUAAAGUUCAUCAGAGAUGUGCUGCAACUUUAAAUGCUGCUCGCAUGAUUCUUGCCGGCUAUGAGCAUAAAGUAGAUGAGGUUGUUCAAGACUUAAUUAAUUGCCUUGAUAGCCCUGAACUGCCAUUUCUUCAGUGGCAAGAGUGCUUUGCAGUCCUGGCGACACGACUACCGAAAAAUCUCAGGAACAUGCUAGAAUCAAAGUACAAGGAAUUUGAGAUUAUCUCCAAAAACUCCCUGACCACAGAUUUCCCUGCCGAACUCUUAAAGGGCAUCCUUGAGUCUCAUUUAUCAUCUUGUGAUGAGAAAGAGAGAGGUGCCCUUGAACGGCUCAUUGAACCAUUGAUGAGCCUUGUGAAGUCUUAUGAAGGUGGUAGAGAAAGUCAUGCCCGUCUUAUUGUUCAUUCCCUCUUUGAAGAAUAUCUGUCAGUAGAAGAAUUAUUCAGUGAUAACAUGCUGGCUGAUGUAAUAGAACGCAUGCGUCAGCAAUACAAGAAACAUCUAUUAAAGAUUGUCGAUAUCGUGCUUUCACACCAGGGUAUAAAAAACAAAAACAAACUUGUUCUACGACUCAUGGAGCAGUUCGUUUAUCCUAAUCCUGCUGCAUACAGAGAUAAACUUAUCCGAUUCUCAACACUUAACCAUACUAAUUACUCUAAGUUGGCACUCAAGGCGAGUCAAUUACUCGAACAGGCCAAACUAAGUGAACUGCGUUCAAAUAUUGCUAGAAGCCUUUCAGAAUUAGAAAUGUUAUCAGAAGAUGGAGAAGAUAUGGAUACUCCCAAGAGGAAGAGUGCCAUUAAUGAAAGGAUGGAAGAUCUUGUGAGCGCAUCUGUAGCUGUUGAAGACGCUCUCGUGGGAUUAUUUGACCACAGCGAUCACAUGCUUCAAAGACGGGUUGUUGAGACUUAUAUUCACAGAUUAUACCAGCCUUAUGUCGUUAAAGAAAGUGUGAGGAUGCAGUGGCACCGGUCUGGUCUUAUUGCUUCUUGGGAGUUCCUAGAGGAGCAUUUUGAAAGAAAAAACAUUGGCUCAGAUAAUCACGAGACAUCUGAAAAAGGAAUUGUUGAGAAGCGUAGUAAGAGAAAACGGGGGGCUAUGGUUAUAAUCAAAUCGCUGCAGUUGCUGCCGAGUAUAAUAAGUGCAGCAUUGAGAGAAACAAACCACAACGACUAUGAAUAUGCCGGAGCUCCUUUAUCUGGAAAUAUCAUGCACAUUGCUAUUGUGGGCAACAACAAUCAGAUGAGUCUGCUUCAGGACAGCGGGGAUGAGGACCAAACUCAGGAAAGAGUAAACAAGCUGGCCAAAAUACUUAAAGAGGAAGAAGUGAGUUCAAGCCUCUGUUCUGCCGGUGUUGGUAUGAUCAGUUGUAUAAUUCAGCGAGAUGAAGGACGAACACCAAUGAGACAUUCUUUCCAUUGGUCGAUGGAGAAACAGUAUUAUGUAGAAGAGCCGUUGCUGCGACAUCUUGAACCUCCUCUAUCCAUAUACCUUGAGUUGGAUAAGUUGAAAGGUUACUCAAAUAUACAGUAUACGCCUUCACGAGACCGUCAAUGGCAUAUGUAUACUGUUACAGACAAGCCAGUGCCAAUCAAAAGGAUGUUCCUUAGAUCUCUUGUUCGACAAGCUGCAAUGAACGAUGGGUUUAUGUUGCAGCAAGGGCAGGACUACCAACUUAGCCAAACACUGCUCUCCAUGGCGUUUACGUCAAAAUGCGUUCUAAGGUCUUUGAUGAAUGCCAUGGUGGAACUUGAACUGAAUGCACAUAAUGUUGCCAUGAAACCAGACCACGCACAUAUGUUCUUAUGCAUACUACGUGAGCAGCAGAUAGAAGAUCUUGUGCCUUACCCCAGGAGAGUUGAAGUGGAUGCGGAGGAUGAAGAAACUACAGUUGAGAUGAUCUUAGAAGAAGCAACACGAGAGAUACAUAGGUCUGUCGGAGUGAGAAUGCAUGGAUUGGGUGUUUGUGAAUGGGAAGUGCGACUGUGGUUGGUGUCCUCGGGACUGGCAAAUGGCGCUUGGAGGGUCGUGGUUGCAAACGUGACAGGCCGUACAUGCACUGUCCAUAUAUACCGAGAAGUGGAAGCUACUGGGAGAAACAGUUUAAUCUACCACUCAAUAACUAAGAAGGGACCUUUGCAUGGAACUCCAAUCAAUGGUCAAUAUAAACCACUGAAUAAUCUGGACAGGAAACGUCUAGCCGCAAGGAGGAGUAACACUACUUAUUGCUAUGACUUCCCCUUGGCAUUUGAGACAGCAUUGGAGCUGCUGUGGGAAUCACAACACCCGGGAGUUAGGAAACCAUGCAAGAAUACACUCAUCAACGCCAAAGAGCUUGUAUUCUCCAAUACAGAAGGUUCUUCGGGUACAUCUCUUAUUCCGGUUGAACGACCAGCUGGUCUCAAUGACAUUGGAAUGGUGGCCUGGAUCUUAGAGAUGUCGACUCCUGAGUUUCCUAUGGGACGGAAACUUCUCAUUGUCGCCAAUGAUGUCACAUUCAAAGCUGGUUCUUUUGGUCCUAGAGAGGAUGCAUUUUUCCUUGCUGUGACUGAACUGGCUUGUACCAAAAAGCUUCCCUUGAUUUACUUGGCAGCAAAUUCUGGUGCCCGACUCGGUGUAGCUGAAGAAGUAAAAGCCUGCUUCAAAGUUGGGUGGUCGGAUGAAGUUUCCCCCGAGAAUGGUUUUCAGUAUAUAUACCUAAGCUCUAAAGACUAUGCAAGGAUUGGAUCAUCUGUCAUUGCGCACGAAGUGAAGCUCCCUAGUGGCGAAACAAGGUGGGUGAUUGAUACAAUUGUUGGUAAAGAAGAUGGUAUUGGAGUUGAGAAUUUAACAGGAAGUGGGGCAAUAGCGGGUGCUUACUCAAGGGCGUACAAUGAAACUUUUACGCUAACCUUUGUAAGUGGAAGAUCGGUCGGAAUCGGUGCUUACCUUGCCCGCCUGGGCAUGAGGUGCAUACAGAGACUAGACCAGCCGAUCAUCUUGACUGGCUUUUCUACGCUCAACAAGCUACUUGGGCGUGAGGUGUAUAGCUCUCACAUGCAACUUGGUGGUCCAAAAAUCAUGGGGACAAAUGGUGUUGUUCAUCUUACAGUCUCUGAUGAUCUUGAAGGCGUAUCAGCAAUUCUCAAGUGGCUGAGCUACAUUCCUGCUUAUGUGGGUGGCCCUCUUCCUGUUCUUGCUCCUUUAGAUCCACCGGAGAGAACUGUGGAGUAUAUCCCAGAGAACUCUUGUGACCCACGAGCUGCUAUAGCUGGGAUUGACGACAAUACUGGUAAAUGGCUCGGUGGUAUCUUUGAUAAAAAUAGCUUUGUUGAGACUCUUGAAGGGUGGGCAAAGACAGUAGUGACUGGUAGAGCUAAGCUUGGGGGAAUUCCCGUCGGAGUGGUUGCUGUCGAGACACAAACUGUAACGCAGAUCAUCCCAGCAGAUCCUGGACAGCUUGACUCUCAUGAAAGAGUAGUUCCGCAAGCAGGGCAAGUCUGGUUUCCUGAUUCAGCAGCUAAGACAGCUCAAGCGCUCAUGGAUUUCAACCGGGAACAGCUUCCAUUGUUUAUCCUAGCAAACUGGAGAGGUUUUUCAGGUGGGCAGAGAGAUCUUUUCGAAGGAAUACUUCAGGCGGGUUCAACUAUAGUAGAAAAUCUGAGAACAUAUCGGCAGCCAGUGUUUGUGUACAUCCCAAUGAUGGGAGAACUGCGAGGUGGAGCGUGGGUGGUUGUUGAUAGCCAGAUAAAUUCGGAUUAUGUUGAAAUGUAUGCUGAUGAAACUGCUCGUGGAAAUGUGCUUGAGCCUGAAGGGAUGAUAGAGAUAAAAUUUAGAAGGAAAGAGCUGUUAGAGUGCAUGGGAAGGUUGGACAAGACGCUCAUCAAUUUGAAAGCAAAUAUCCAAGAUGCCAAGCAAAACGAGGCUUAUGCAAACAUCGAGCUUCUCCAGAAACAGAUUAAAACCCGAGAGAAGCAACUUUUACCAAUUUAUAUCCAAAUCGCUACCAAAUUUGCUGAACUCCAUGACACUUCCAUGAGAAUGGCUGCAAAAGGAGUGAUCAAAAGUGUUGUGGAAUGGAGUGGCUCGCGGUCAUUCUUCUAUAAAAAGCUCUAUCGGAGAAUUGCAGAGAGCUCUCUUGUGAGGAACAUAAGAAAAGCUUCUGGAGACAUCUUAUCAUAUAAAUCUGCUAUGGGUUUGAUUCAGGAUUGGUUCAGAAAAUCUGAGAUUGCAAAGGGGAAAGAAGAAGCUUGGACAGACGACCAACUAUUUUUCACAUGGAAGGACAAUGUUAGUAACUAUGAGCAGAAGCUGUGUGAGUUGAGAGCGCAGAAACUGCUGAAUCAACUUGCAGAGAUUGUGAAUUCGUCGGAUUUGCAGGCUCUGCCACAAGGACUUGCUAAUCUUCUAAACAAGGUGGAGCUUUCAAGAAGAGAAGAACUGGUGGAUGCGAUUCGAAAAGUGUUGAAUUGAUGAUAUCUAUAAGAGGUUUAGCUUCUGUUCCAAUAAAGAUGGUGUUUUGGA